UCCUACCUCAAACGAAUCAUCUUUUGUGGGUUUUCUUAUGGGCGCCAUUUUGAGUAGAUUAAUUUGAAGGGGUAGCAGGUUACACUUUGAUAAUUCUCAAUUAAAGCAGAUUAAUAUCCCAGUCGCUUACAUUUGGAGGUGAGUUAGCCAUUGGAGUACACCAAACAUGGCUACGGGAGCAAACGCGACUCCUUUAGGGAAGUUGCACCCCAGCAUCGGCGCUAAACGAGGAUUCGACGCCGGGCCUGGAGCGGGGAACGGACUGAUGCCGACACCGGGCCCGCCUGCAGCCUUCCCCUCGAUACAAGCCUUCCAGCCCCCGAUGCCUGUCGCCUCUUUCCCGCAGUUUAACCCCGCUGCAGGGUUUGCGGCGCAGGUUCCUCAGCAGCCGCUCAACGUGGGAGGACAAGAUUUUGGCUCCAAGAAGCAGAGAAAGAAGAGUCGCUGGAGUAGCGAGACGCCCGAUCAGAAGACUGUCAUACCGGGCAUGCCCACUGUCAUUCCUCCUGGCUUGACCCGGGACCAAGAGAGAGCCUAUAUAGUCCAACUGCAGAUCGAAGACCUGACUCGUAAACUGCGUACAGGAGACCUGGGAAUCCCUGUUAACCCUGAGGACAGGUCCCCCUCUCCGGAGCCAAUCUACAACAGCGAGGGGAAGCGGCUGAACACCCGCGAGUAUCGCACCAGGAAGAAGAUCGAGGAGGAGCGACACUCUCUCAUCACAGAGAUGGUCGGAUUGAACCCCGACUUCAAGCCUCCUGCAGACUAUAAACCUCCAGCGACCAGAGUCAACGACAAAGUGAUGAUCCCCCAGGACGAAUACCCAGAAAUCAACUUUGUGGGUCUCCUGAUUGGACCACGUGGUAACACGCUGAAAAACAUCGAGAAGGAGUGCUGCGCCAAGAUCAUGAUCCGGGGUAAAGGUUCGGUGAAGGAGGGGAAGGUUGGCAGGAAAGACGGACAGAUGCUGCCGGGGGAGGACGAGCCGCUGCACGCCCUCGUCACUGCCAACACCAUGGAGAAUGUGAAGAAGGCCGUGGAGCAGAUUCGCAACAUCCUGAAACAAGGCAUCGAGACACCCGAGGACCAGAACGACCUGAGGAAGAUGCAGCUCAGGGAGCUUGCCAGACUGAACGGCACGCUGAGAGAAGAUGACAACAGGAUCCUUCGUCCAUGGCAGAACGCUGAACCUCGCAGCAUCACCAACACGACCCUCUGCACCAAGUGUGGAGGAGCAGGUCACAUCUCCUCUGACUGCAAAUACACCAGCUCCUUCGCCGCCCACAGAGCGACGGGCGGAGAGCCCCCUCAAUCGGCUCAGGACAAAGCUCGGAUGGACAAGGAGUAUCUGUCACUCAUGGCCGAGCUUGGAGAGGCUCCCGUCCCCUCGUCUGGGGGAGGACACGGCAGCAACCAGGGAGGCGGGCCCCGAUCUUCAGGGCCCAGCGGGAACCAGCCGCCAGUGCAAAACCGCCCCCCCUGGAUGAGCUCUGGACCUGCUGAGAACAGGAGCUACCACAGUAUGCAUGGAGGACCCGGAGGUCACGGAGGACCACACAGCUUCCCUCCCCCAAUGACAAACAUGGGAGGCCCCCCCAUGCCCCCCAACCCCAAUGGCCUGCCUCCCCCGUGGAUGCAGCCCCCUCCACCUCCCAUGGGCCAGGGACCAGGACCUCACGGACACCCAAUGGGUCUGCUGCCUCCUCCAAUGGGCAUGAUGCCGCCUCCCCCUCCUCCCCCCAGCAACCAGCCCCCUCCUCCCCCUUCUGGACCCCUGCCACCAUGGCAACAGCAAGCUCCACCUCCUCCUCCAACCAGCAGCAUGGCAACCAGUACACCGCUGCCAUGGCAACAGAACACCACCACCACGUCCAGUCCGGGCACCGGCACCCUGCCCCCCUGGCAGCAGCCCCAGCAGCCUGCAGCCUCCGGAGCCCAGCCCCCUCCACCCAUGGGCACCCCGUCCAUGGUGCCGCCUCCCCCCGGCGUCCAGCCCCCACUGCCCCCCGGAGCCCCUCCUCCUCCCCCUCCACCUCCUCCAGGCUCUACGGGCAUGAUGUACGCUCCUCCGCCUCCCCCGCCUCCCAUGGACCCUUCCAACUUUGUCACCAUGAUGGGGAUGGGGGUGCCGGGCAUGCCCCCCUUCGGCAUGCCUCCCGCCCCUCCACCUCCUCCCCCUCAGAAUUAACCCCCUUCAGAAGAAUCGUCCUCCCGUACGUGUGCUCACAGAAAACAUAUAACCAGUGCUUUAUUUUUUAUUGAUCCUUGCUAUGAGAGUCUGUCGGUUCAGUUUGUAAAGUAACUUAAUCAGUUCUGUUUUUAACGUUCACUCUCGCUCUGCAUCGCAGCCGUGCUCCCUCCUCGUCCCUGCAAACAAAAGAAGAACUGCUCCGGUCCCCAGCAGGCGAUGAUUUCUGCUUCAAACGUUCCACUCAAACUCAACAUUACUGGAGAUAAUAUAUUGGAAUUCAUCGUGCAUGAUCAUUUAAAGUCAUCACUCACAGAUUUAUACUCCUGUCAUGUCCGUGUGUCGGCUCAACGUUGAAUAAGAUGAAUAUUUUUGUAAUAACAACAUGUGAAGUGUUUCUUAGUUCUGUCAGGAAUCCUUUUUGUAGUUCGGAUUGUUUUCCAGAGACUUCCAGGGUUUUAAUUGUUUCUCUUUCGUUAACUUGCCUGCGUCUCGGUCGUGACAUUGAGUUAGAAAAAGGGGGGGUUAGGUUCUCGGCCUCCUCUCUGCACUACUUGAAUGCUGAACAUCAGAUAUAUCCCUGUCCCUCUGCUCUGAUCUGACGCUGUGUGCAGUGUUUGUGUUGCUCUCUGAAGGACGGAGGUAUCGGUUUGUCCCUGGAGUUAUUAGAGCAGACAGAUGUUAGUUUUACUCUGUUUCUGGAUCCAGUCUGUUGUGUUGAGUGUGGAUGAAUAGCUGUUGAAAUCUUGCUUGGUUUCGCAUUAAACUGAUCCAUUUCA